GGUCAAAGAACAGGUUGCCCGGUUCAUGCGCCAAGACCUCACCGUGGCACACAGUGGUUUGCAGAGGUGGUGCCAUGUUUGCACAAGGGCAUCGUGCAAAGGACAGGAACGGUGUGGUUGGCCUCCAGGGCAACUGGCUACAUGAGCAAGAGGUCUUUCCAGCCGAGCUUCCAGAGGCAAUUUACAGGAUGGAUCCCCAGGUCUCCGCCAGACUGAACUCCAGGAAGAGAAGGAAAGAAGGAGCUGGACCCAACGGGGCUGCAGAGUCAGAUGGCAUCCCAUUAAAAAUGCCACGCAACUGUAUUGGGCUGCGGGAGCCGGCGCCAUUUUCCGACGAACUGGAAGUGGAUUACAGCAAGCCGUAUACACGAGUAACAUUUGAGGAAGCAGUAAGAGGGACUCCCUUGGAGAGGCCAGUCAGGGUGUAUGCCGAUGGAAUUUUUGACCUUUUCCACUCUGGACACGCCCGGGCUCUCAUGCAGGCCAAAAACCUGUUCCCCAAUACAUACCUCAUUGUGGGAGUCUGCAGCGACGAGCUGACACACAACUUCAAGGGCUUCACGGUGAUGAACGAGGCUGAACGCUACGACGCUGUGCAGCACUGCCGCUACGUGGACGAGGUGGUCAGGAACGCCCCGUGGACACUCACCCCGGAGUUCUUGGCUGAGCACAGGAUCGACUUUGUCGCCCACGAUGACAUCCCAUACUCCUCUGCUGGCAGUGAUGACGUCUACAGACACAUAAAAGAAGCUGGAAUGUUUGCCCCGACGCAGAGAACCGAAGGCAUUUCCACCUCGGAUAUCAUCACCCGCAUUGUCCGGGACUAUGACGUAUACGCCCGGCGGAAUCUGCAGCGGGGCUACACCGCCAAGGAACUCAACGUCAGCUUCAUCAAUGAGAAGAAGUACCACUUGCAAGAGAGGGUGGACAAGGUGAAGAAGAGGGUGAAGGACGUGGAAGAGAAAUCCAAGGAGUUUGUCCAGAAGGUGGAGGAGAAAAGCAUCGAUCUCAUUCAGAAAUGGGAAGAGAAAUCUCGCGAGUUCAUCGGCAACUUCUUGGAGAUGUUUGGGCCUGAAGGCGCAUUGAAACACAUGCUGAAAGAGGGGAAGGGGCGAAUGUUGCAGGCCAUCAGCCCCAAGCAGAGCCCCAGCAGCAGCCCCACACACGACCGCUCGCCCUCGCCCUCCUUCCGCUGGCCUUUCACCGCCAGGACGCCCCCCCUGUCUCCAGCCAACCUCUCCCGGAGCAAGUCGACGGCCAGCUACGACAUCAGCGAGGAUGAGGAGGACUGACCCCUGCCCGGAAGGAGCAGAGGGCUGAAGGUCGGGGGCCACUGUGUGAAGCAACGGGGACUUCUGCCAUGCUCCAGAAGAUCAAGCACAAGAGCUGAGACCCGCUGCGGCCACCAGAGCCUCUUUCUCUCCCCGACCUCGGGGAGGCGGGACACGCCGCAGCAUUUUCCUUUUUCUCCUCUUCCCCUUUCAUGGGUUAUUUUUCCUCCCUUUCAUGGGACAGAGGGGAACGGUGGCCCUUAUUUUAAACCAAAAGUUUUAUUGUAUCAGUAGCCAAGAGCAUCGAACUGGAGGCCCUGAGGAAUGGGAGGCGAUGGGGCUGGUAGGGCAGGGGGAACCUCUCCCACUUGCCCACCCUUUCCUUUGGCUUCCCAUUUCAUCCUUGUGUCGCGGUCCCUUGGGCGUGCGUGAAGCAGAGCCCCUUAAAGCAGGCAAGCCAUUGCGGGGGAGCUGCAGGCUGCAGAAUUACCCAAAGGCUGCUCAGUGUGCCUGGGGAGGGGGGGCCAACUUGCAGCCCCUCCAGUUCCUGCCUUUCUAGUCCUCAAGAGAAAAGGCUGAGGGAUUAUGCAAAGCAAAGUGUUGCUUCAAGGUUUCCCCCAGUGACUUACUGUUGGGUUUAAUGCUCACCGCUCUUCCUGUUUCGGGCCCAAAGUGAACGCUGCCUUUUCGGUUCCUUUUGCAACGUCCUGCAAGGGGCUCGAGUCUGCUUCCACCAGCUGCAGGUGCACGGGGGGAGUGGGUGAACUCUCUGUCCUGGCUCAGCUGAGAGUUUUGGACUGUUGCUGUCAGCCCCUGGGGUGGAAUAUCCAUAGCCCUGGAAAGCCACAACCAGGACCGACUGGCCCCCCUCGCCCAACUGAGUAUGGAAAACUGACCCCACUGGCUCUCGGCCCCCAAAGCUUGCUUCUUUUCGGAAGAUGCUGUUGGGCAGCGACACCCCGUGUGCUCGGAGCCCUGUUUGAAGUAGCAUCUCACCCUUUCGUAUCCCGCCCCGUAGCAGAGGGCCACAAGUCUCUGCAGGCGGCUGGCCUUUGUUCCCAGACUUUUCCAGAAUGCUUUCUCUGUCAUGCGCACGCCGAGGUGUGCUCUCCUGUUCAGAUCUCGACUCAACUUACGUCUGUGCAGUAGCACUGAAGGGAGGGAGGGACCCCUUGCGGUCAAGAAUCAGCCCGGAUUCUGCCACACUGCUGAACAAGGGUGGUGCUCCAGGGAACCCAGUAGGGCACAUCUAAGCUGAGGUGGGGGCAUCUUCCUCCCUCGCCCCAGAUUGCAGGAUGUGGAGUGCGAGUCUGGCCAUCUGCCACCCCGCUCCUCUGGAGGAUGCAAAGCCGCAUCUGGCAGACAGCUGCUCUCUUGCCCUGGCAAAGCGCCCAUUCGUUAGGAACUCACUUCUUGUUGGCUGUUGUUCUUAACUAUAUAAUAAAUGUUCGGGUUUAACUGAC